UUAUCAUGAAUCGAUUAGUGGCCGUCUUCAGUUUCUGCCUGCUUCUGGUCGCAGGACACUCGGUGGACGAGCAACAGGAUACCCAGGAGCUGGUUGAUAGCACUACCCCUUCGAUUGACGAAGGGUUUCCCCAUGGAUCUCACGAGCUGGUCGAGCUGCCGGAGAUCCUUGAGGAGAACCUGAUGGAUGCCAACAAGAUCAACUGGCUGCCCGUGUGGGAGGAACAUGAGCUUUCAAGGAUUGCCCGCGAAGUGGUCGAGAAGCCAGAUAACACUGAGCUCUCGCCGUCCAAGGAAACGGUGGAGGAUGCACUGCUGCCCAAGGAAAACAAGGAGUGCCCCAGUAACGCCGAGCGCGGCCUAACCAAUCUCAUCCGGGUGGCACGCCCACUUUUACCCGCUGCUCGAUUGAGAAACAUUUUGGCGAAUGCUGUGGAGGAUCCCCAAGUUCGGGAUCUGAUCAAAUUGCUUCGCAGCGAUGGCCUUAAGUCGCAGGUGCAGCGGUUGAGAGCCACGAAGCAGCACCAGGUGCUGCAUGACUAUUUCUGCCGACGGCUCAAGCUGGAUCCUGCCUAUUACGUGGAAUUCGUGAGGGUGUUCCUCGAUGUCCACAUCUCCGACCCGCCGACCACUAAGCUUCCGAACCGCCGUCCAGGAAUCCGAGGACUCCUCCAGGAUCUUCGGGAUGCUCUGCCCCGCGCCACCCUGCGGGAUAUGUACCUGCGUCUCUACUCCUCGGAUUCCGAGCUCUCCACCGCCGUGCGCCUCACCCGCAGCUCCGAGUUCCGGCGAAUGCUUCGUGAUCUGCGCUACCUGAAGGAGUACCGCUCCUUGACCGACGAGCUUGAGAAGGCGGGAGUACCUCUGCGCCAGCUCCAGCAGCUGGUGGGCAACGCCCUGGGCUGGACUACAGGUGACAUGGCCGCUGAGACUCUCAUUUGGAGUGUUUAGGUGGCCUAGACAGCUUUAAAUGAUGAUUCAGAUUUUUUUAUUUAUCCUUCAAUUAAAUUG